AGAAAACAGGAGACAAAAGAAAGAAAGAAAAGUCGCAGAUCUCUUCUCUCGGAUACGGUUCGAGCGAAGAGCGAAAACGCCGCACACGCAGAGAAGGGGGAGGAGGGGCAAUGUGACCGCCGAAGCUCGCGCGGCUCGCUCUUCUCUGUUAUUUAUCCCCCUCCGUCGGGCGCGUUGCACCCUCUAAAUUUCAAAACGUCGAGCGCGAGCUCGACAAACGCGAUUGGACAUACACACGCACGUUGUUCGUGUCACGCGUGUCGUUGCAUAUUUCAAGCGAACGAUUGUCCAUCGCGACCAUCAACCCCCUUUUGCCGCUGGGACGGAGAGAUAAAGUCACCUGUCCUCUCUUCUUCUCAUUAAAAUUGCCUGAACUCGCUGCGCCGCGCGGCGGAUGUAGUCGCGGUCUGCACGUAUCACGAUGAAAAAAUAUUUAAUGCGCGGCUCCAAUUGGUCGGCAGGAGUCGCCGCGAGGCGAGACGCAGUCUCGUCGCAGUAAUGGCUCUUUAGCAUCGUUCGCGCAGUCUCGUCGCGAUUACUUCACAAUUCACUUCGAAAGCUGAUAUACACGUCGGGAUUUGCAUAUUCGCGGGGUGAAGAUUUCGCGCCUCUUCGCUUCGCUCCGCUCCGCCGAGGGUGUUGGUCGCUCGCGUGCGCUCGCUCGGUUAGACGAGCCGGGACGCGAGGCAGACGGAAAUGAUGAUUCGCAGGAGCACGAUUAAUCGCACGAUAGAGUUUAUGUUCACUCUGUUCGGCAUCUGGCCGGGCGCCUCGUGCGUACUGUUGCGCAGAGCCUUCUGGAUCGUGACGAUCGUAAUUGUGCAAUACUGUCAUUACCGGUACCUGCUCACGCACUUCUACUCCGACGAUCUCUUCAAUCUGAUGGACUGUCUGAGCAGUCUGCUGGCGUACGCGAAGGUGAUGAGCAAGCUCGUUAUGUUUUGGUUGAAUCAGCGAAAAUUCGUCGAGACGUUGGUGAUGGUAGCGGAGGACUGGGACGGGAACGCUAACGACGAGCUCGGCAUGCGCGAGACGAUGUGCAAGGCGAAAUUAUCGGAUCGCAUCACCAACGCGAUCAUCACUCUGCACACGUUGAGCGCUAUCGCGUAUAGCACCCGCGCCAUCCUCGCCGACGUCGAUAUCAACGAUCGCACGACCGAGCCGCUCUACGUUCACAAAGUGGAGAUCCCUUUCAACGUGAACACGCAACGAAUGUACAAGACGAUCCUGACCGCGCAGUUCGUGUACGUCGUGAUGGGCAGUUGGGCGGCUGGUGCUGUCAACUCGUUGCUUUUAACUCUGAUUUUACAUAUAGGCGGCCAAAUGGACAUUGUGACGUGCUGGCUGAUGAACCUCGCGUCCCAAGAGACUGGGAAAAAGCGCGAAUCAAACGUCGUGAGAACGGGCGAGAUCGUCGAGAAGCACCAGAGGAUCAUCAACUUAUCGGAGAAUGUGGAGAACCUGUACACGCAUAUCGCGUUGCUGCAGUUCGCGUCGAACACAAUAAUGAUUUGCUCGCUGGCAUUUCUCAUCGUGAGCGCGAUCGGCACCCCCGACGCGGUAGAACAGAUAAUGAGAUCUCUUUUAUUCUACGCCAUAACGAAUCUCGAAGCGUUCGUGUUCUGCUUCGCCGGGGAAUAUUUGAGGAACAAGAGCAAGGCGGUCGGGGUUGCGGCUUACAAUUGCGCCUGGUACAACCUGAAGCCCGAAGACAGCCGGCCGUUGCUGUUCGUGAUACUGAGAUCGCAGAAGCGACUGGCGCUCACCGUGGGGAAAAUGACGGAGCUCUCCUUAGAAUACUUCGCAAGCAUCAUGAACGCCUCUGGAUCGUACUUGUCGGUGAUGUUGGCGAUGCAGUGAACGCCACGUGCACGUCGUCGAUCUCUCGUCAGUUCUCUCUCGUCAAGCACGCAGCAAGCAACGCGUAAAUCACUCGUUAGGAAGGAUGCAUGGCAACACAGUCUCUUAUUUCAGACACGUUCCCUCGGAUAAGGAUUAUUUGCGGCAUGAGUUGAGCGUUAAGUGAAGCGUUAAGUGAGUUCGCAACGUAUUAAAUUGUGAGCCGAGAGACCGAGAUUUGUUUUCAUAGUGAAAAUUAGGUAAAAUAUAUUCGCGCGGGAGGAAU